AUGUCUGCGGCCGUCCACACGACAAUCGAUGUACUAGAAUCAGAGCUGGCUAGGGUGAGAUCAGCCCUACAAGACGUGCCACUCCAGUAUGUGGUGCUCGACGAAGACGCCACCGCCGGCGCUUUGGCGACACACAAGAGAAACCUGAUCGGCUUCGACCACGACUUUUUCUCCGGGAACCAGCAGCUGACCCCCAAGGAGCUGGGCUUGGUAGAGGUCCAGGAGGUGAUUCCCACCCCGUUCGAAGAGAAAACUAUCGAGCUAUCGCCACCUACCAAUCUAAUCGACAUCCUAUCCAACAAUGUAGUUUUGCACCACUUGGCGCCUUUGAUGUCUAUAUCAUCCCUGCUGUCUCUGGCGUCAACAUGCAACACAGCUCGCUUCAUCAUUUACAACACGCCAUAUGUGUUCCGCCAUUUGGACUUGUCUACAUGCCAGGGAGCCCUGCUGCCUAGCAAAGGUGCUGCAACUGACGUUAGUGAUGACAUGCAAACCGAAGACCAAUUUUACUCGGCUCCCCUGCGAGGGAUCUUCGACCGAUUAGAAAAGCAGUCGAUUCUCUCCAGUGUUCGCACACUGGUCUUGGAUGGGUUGCCUGUGACGGCUGAUCUGAUUGCUGAUAUUCUCCUUACCGAUCGAUUCAAUAUCAACAUUCUGUCCAUCCGUGACUGCUUGCAUCUGAAUGAGCAGAAAUUGAUGCAGACAAUCGCUUAUGCUGUUCGUCCUAGUCGCCCGGCCGGAACGCCGAAAGUGAAGGGUAUCUACCACUUCACGUCAAAGGCUUACAACGGUGAGCCUCAAUGGGGCCAACGACUUUCCUCCCGCCGAGAGUGGUGGAAAACCCGCGAUAGCCUUUCUCCCCGCUCUUCAGGCUCAACAACCCCGAUCCUGUCAGAUGCGGAAGAUGAUCUCAAUGAAUGGUACAGACCAUCCGGCCAACUGUUGCGAGGGUCGACUGAGGAUGGCUGGGCUCAGAUCAUCAGGAAGUGCGAAGGCAUCAUUGCUUUCGAUGCAGUUCUGUGCCGCGGCCCAAGACAUAAUGCCGAACUUUACUCAUCUACCAAUACUAGCAAGCCUCGCCCUGAGGAAAGAAUGCUUGCUCCAGCCAUUGCAACAGUUUCCCUUGGGCCUCGCGGUUGCGAUUGUUGCCGAACGUCACCUGAGGGACCAGCAAUCUGGGGAGAAUCACCAGAGUACUGCUUCCCAUUACUCAACCCUGUCCCUCUCCAUACGUCAAAUGUUCUCGAGGCCAAACGACCAGUUCCGAAGAAUGAAAGUGCCGUUAUGAUUGCGAGUUGCAUGGAAUGCCUAAAAAACCGAUGGUGCCAUCGUUGCAACAAGUGGUUUUGUUUCAGCUGUCUUCCUAGCCCUGUCGAGGCAGGAACUCGCUUGAGUCCGCACCAGACCGUCAUCAGAAGACGUGGCUCACAAGCAUCAGGCCAAUCUACACCAAAGCUUGGUCCCGGUGUCAGCAAAGAUUGUUGGGAAUGUGGACCUACUUGCGCAAGUUGCAAAGUAGAUCGCCAACUUUCUUGCAGCAGCUGCUUCGGUGAGUACUGCUUCGAGCACAACGACGGCUGCUCUACAACACAGUGCGACUGGUGCAACAUCAGCUCAAGACGGCUGGGAAGGAACGUACUAUAG